GAGCGUCAGCUCUGCAGUCAGGAUGAAUCUCCCUAUUUUGACUGCAGUCCUUCUUGGACUUGUCCUGACUCCAGCCCUUGCUGAUUACUCGCAGCAGAUAAAUCAAAACCAGCAAAUCAUCUUUGGUGGAGAGUCCCAAAUCACUAUCACCGGUAUCUCACAAGGCGUGCAGAUCAAUAGUCAAACACGGGUGGCAAUUAUUGAGCAAAAGAGCAAAAAUUUAUCAUGGAAAACUGUCUGGAACUACAACACGGGCAUCAUUGCAACGAAACUCACACAACAGAACACCUGCUACAUUUCUGCAAUGAACAGAAAUGAGAUGCCCAGCUUUGAUAAUUUGGCCCGAUUGGCUGCAGAGAGCAGGAACCUGAUCGGUUUUGGAAGAACUACCAAGCACAUCACCUUUGUCACCAAUGGAUUGGUCAACAACCUCAACUCCUACGGAGCAACCAUUGCCGCUAUGUGCAGCGGACUCACCACCUACAUGGCUUACGAAGUUCACGCUUUCCAAGGACCCCAGGUGAACUUGGGAUCAUGCAUUACGCUCAAUGUCCUGAGAGUUGUUGAGCUGAAGUACUGCAAUGGCAAUGGCAAUGGCAAUUGGAAUGGUGGUUGGAAUGACAAUUGGACUGGCGGUUGGAAUGGCAAUUGGACUGGACCUUUCCCGUCUCAGCAGAUUCCCGGCAUCCCAGGCAACAACACGCAAGUCAUCAUUGGUGGCCAGUCCCAAAUCGUGAUCAUCAACAGGCAAUGGCGUGUGGCAGUCAUUGAGCAAAACAGCAUCAGCGGGUCCUGGAAAACCAUCUGGAACUACAACACGGGCGUCAUUGCAACCAAAGUCACGCAACAGAACGCCUGCUACAUUUCCGUCAUGAACAGAAACGAGAUGCCCCGCUUUGAUAAUCUGGCCCGCCUGGCACAAGAGAGCAGGAACCUGAUCGGUUUUGGAAGAACUACCAAGCACAUCACCUUUGUCACCAAUGGAUUGGUCAACAACCUCAACUCCUACGGAGCAACCAUUGCCGCUAUGUGCAGCGGACUCACCACCUACAUGGCUUACGAAGUUCACGCUUUCCAAGGACCCCAGGUGAACUUGGGAUCAUGCAUUACGCUCAAUGUCCUGAGAGUUGUUGAGCUGAAGUACUGCAAUGGCAAUGGCAAUGGCAAUUGGAAUGGUGGUUGGAAUGACAAUUGGACUGGCGGUUGGCAAGGCAAUUGGACUGGCGGUUGGAAUGGCAAUUGGACUGGACCUUUCCCGUCUCAGCAGAUUCCCGGCAUCCCAGGCAACAACACGCAAGUCAUCAUUGGUGGCCAGUCCCAAAUCGUGAUCAUCAACAGGCAAUGGCGUGUGGCAGUCAUUGAGCAAAACAGCAUCAGCGGGUCCUGGAAAACCAUCUGGAACUACAACACGGGCGUCAUUGCAACCAAAGUCACGCAACAGAACGCCUGCUACAUUUCCGUCAUGAACAGAAACGAGAUGCCCCGCUUUGAUAAUCUGGCCCGCCUGGCACAAGAGAGCAGGAACCUGAUCGGUUUUGGAAGAACUACCAAGCACAUCACCUUUGUCACCAAUGGAUUGGUCAACAACCUCAACUCCUACGGAGCAACCAUUGCCGCUAUGUGCAGCGGACUCACCACCUACAUGGCUUACGAAGUUCACGCUUUCCAAGGACCCCAGGUGAACUUGGGAUCAUGCAUUACGCUCAAUGUCCUGAGAGUUGUUGAGCUGAAGUACUGCAAUGGCAAUGGCAAUGGCAAUUGGAAUGGUGGUUGGAAUGACAAUUGGACUGGCGGUUGGCAAGGCAAUUGGACUGGCGGUUGGAAUGGCAAUUGGACUGGACCUUUCCCGUCUCAGCAGAUUCCCGGCAUCCCAGGCAACAACACGCAAGUCAUCAUUGGUGGCCAGUCCCAAAUCGUGAUCAUCAACAGGCAAUGGCGUGUGGCAGUCAUUGAGCAAAACAGCAUCAGCGGGUCCUGGAAAACCAUCUGGAACUACAACACGGGCGUCAUUGCAACCAAAGUCACGCAACAGAACGCCUGCUACAUUUCCGUCAUGAACAGAAACGAGAUGCCCCGCUUUGAUAAUCUGGCCCGCCUGGCACAAGAGAGCAGGAACCUGAUCGGUUUUGGAAGAACUACCAAGCACAUCACCUUUGUCACCAAUGGAUUGGUCAACAACCUCAACUCCUACGGAGCAACCAUUGCCGCUAUGUGCAGCGGACUCACCACCUACAUGGCUUACGAAGUUCACGCUUUCCAAGGACCCCAGGUGAACUUGGGAUCAUGCAUUACGCUCAAUGUCCUGAGAGUUGUUGAGCUGAAGUACUGCAAUGGCAAUGGCAAUGGCAAUUGGAAUGGUGGUUGGAAUGACAAUUGGACUGGCGGUUGGCAAGGCAAUUGGACUGGCGGUUGGAAUGGCAAUUGGACUGGACCUUUCCCGUCUCAGCAGAUUCCCGGCAUCCCAGGCAACAACACGCAAGUCAUCAUUGGUGGCCAGUCCCAAAUCGUGAUCAUCAACAGGCAAUGGCGUGUGGCAGUCAUUGAGCAAAACAGCAUCAGCGGGUCCUGGAAAACCAUCUGGAACUACAACACGGGCGUCAUUGCAACCAAAGUCACGCAACAGAACGCCUGCUACAUUUCCGUCAUGAACAGAAACGAGAUGCCCCGCUUUGAUAAUCUGGCCCGCCUGGCACAAGAGAGCAGGAACCUGAUCGGUUUUGGAAGAACUACCAAGCACAUCACCUUUGUCACCAAUGGAUUGGUCAACAACCUCAACUCCUACGGAGCAACCAUUGCCGCUAUGUGCAGCGGACUCACCACCUACAUGGCUUACGAAGUUCACGCUUUCCAAGGACCCCAGGUGAACUUGGGAUCAUGCAUUACGCUCAAUGUCCUGAGAGUUGUUGAGCUGAAGUACUGCAAUGGCAAUGGCAAUGGCAAUUGGAAUGGUGGUUGGAAUGACAAUUGGACUGGCGGUUGGCAAGGCAAUUGGACUGGCGGUUGGAAUGGCAAUUGGACUGGACCUUUCCCGUCUCAGCAGAUUCCCGGCAUCCCAGGCAACAACACGCAAGUCAUCAUUGGUGGCCAGUCCCAAAUCGUGAUCAUCAACAGGCAAUGGCGUGUGGCAGUCAUUGAGCAAAACAGCAUCAGCGGGUCCUGGAAAACCAUCUGGAACUACAACACGGGCGUCAUUGCAACCAAAGUCACGCAACAGAACGCCUGCUACAUUUCCGUCAUGAACAGAAACGAGAUGCCCCGCUUUGAUAAUCUGGCCCGCCUGGCACAAGAGAGCAGGAACCUGAUCGGUUUUGGAAGAACUACCAAGCACAUCACCUUUGUCACCAAUGGAUUGGUCAACAACCUCAACUCCUACGGAGCAACCAUUGCCGCUAUGUGCAGCGGACUCACCACCUACAUGGCUUACGAAGUUCACGCUUUCCAAGGACCCCAGGUGAACUUGGGAUCAUGCAUUACGCUCAAUGUCCUGAGAGUUGUUGAGCUGAAGUACUGCAAUGGCAAUGGCAAUGGCAAUUGGAAUGGUGGUUGGAAUGACAAUUGGACUGGCGGUUGGCAAGGCAAUUGGACUGGCGGUUGGAAUGGCAAUUGGACUGGACCUUUCCCGUCUCAGCAGAUUCCCGGCAUCCCAGGCAACAACACGCAAGUCAUCAUUGGUGGCCAGUCCCAAAUCGUGAUCAUCAACAGGCAAUGGCGUGUGGCAGUCAUUGAGCAAAACAGCAUCAGCGGGUCCUGGAAAACCAUCUGGAACUACAACACGGGCGUCAUUGCAACCAAAGUCACGCAACAGAACGCCUGCUACAUUUCCGUCAUGAACAGAAACGAGAUGCCCCGCUUUGAUAAUCUGGCCCGCCUGGCACAAGAGAGCAGGAACCUGAUCGGUUUUGGAAGAACUACCAAGCACAUCACCUUUGUCACCAAUGGAUUGGUCAACAACCUCAACUCCUACGGAGCAACCAUUGCCGCUAUGUGCAGCGGACUCACCACCUACAUGGCUUACGAAGUUCACGCUUUCCAAGGACCCCAGGUGAACUUGGGAUCAUGCAUUACGCUCAAUGUCCUGAGAGUUGUUGAGCUGAAGUACUGCAAUGGCAAUGGCAAUGGCAAUUGGAAUGGUGGUUGGAAUGACAAUUGGACUGGCGGUUGGCAAGGCAAUUGGACUGGCGGUUGGAAUGGCAAUUGGACUGGACCUUUCCCGUCUCAGCAGAUUCCCGGCAUCCCAGGCAACAACACGCAAGUCAUCAUUGGUGGCCAGUCCCAAAUCGUGAUCAUCAACAGGCAAUGGCGUGUGGCAGUCAUUGAGCAAAACAGCAUCAGCGGGUCCUGGAAAACCAUCUGGAACUACAACACGGGCGUCAUUGCAACCAAAGUCACGCAACAGAACGCCUGCUACAUUUCCGUCAUGAACAGAAACGAGAUGCCCCGCUUUGAUAAUCUGGCCCGCCUGGCACAAGAGAGCAGGAACCUGAUCGGUUUUGGAAGAACUACCAAGCACAUCACCUUUGUCACCAAUGGAUUGGUCAACAACCUCAACUCCUACGGAGCAACCAUUGCCGCUAUGUGCAGCGGACUCACCACCUACAUGGCUUACGAAGUUCACGCUUUCCAAGGACCCCAGGUGAACUUGGGAUCAUGCAUUACGCUCAAUGUCCUGAGAGUUGUUGAGCUGAAGUACUGCAAUGGCAAUGGCAAUGGCAAUUGGAAUGGUGGUUGGAAUGACAAUUGGACUGGCGGUUGGCAAGGCAAUUGGACUGGCGGUUGGAAUGGCAAUUGGACUGGACCUUUCCCGUCUCAGCAGAUUCCCGGCAUCCCAGGCAACAACACGCAAGUCAUCAUUGGUGGCCAGUCCCAAAUCGUGAUCAUCAACAGGCAAUGGCGUGUGGCAGUCAUUGAGCAAAACAGCAUCAGCGGGUCCUGGAAAACCAUCUGGAACUACAACACGGGCGUCAUUGCAACCAAAGUCACGCAACAGAACGCCUGCUACAUUUCCGUCAUGAACAGAAACGAGAUGCCCCGCUUUGAUAAUCUGGCCCGCCUGGCACAAGAGAGCAGGAACCUGAUCGGUUUUGGAAGAACUACCAAGCACAUCACCUUUGUCACCAAUGGAUUGGUCAACAACCUCAACUCCUACGGAGCAACCAUUGCCGCUAUGUGCAGCGGACUCACCACCUACAUGGCUUACGAAGUUCACGCUUUCCAAGGACCCCAGGUGAACUUGGGAUCAUGCAUUACGCUCAAUGUCCUGAGAGUUGUUGAGCUGAAGUACUGCAAUGGCAAUGGCAAUGGCAAUUGGAAUGGUGGUUGGAAUGACAAUUGGACUGGCGGUUGGCAAGGCAAUUGGACUGGCGGUUGGAAUGGCAAUUGGACUGGACCUUUCCCGUCUCAGCAGAUUCCCGGCAUCCCAGGCAACAACACGCAAGUCAUCAUUGGUGGCCAGUCCCAAAUCGUGAUCAUCAACAGGCAAUGGCGUGUGGCAGUCAUUGAGCAAAACAGCAUCAGCGGGUCCUGGAAAACCAUCUGGAACUACAACACGGGCGUCAUUGCAACCAAAGUCACGCAACAGAACGCCUGCUACAUUUCCGUCAUGAACAGAAACGAGAUGCCCCGCUUUGAUAAUCUGGCCCGCCUGGCACAAGAGAGCAGGAACCUGAUCGGUUUUGGAAGAACUACCAAGCACAUCACCUUUGUCACCAAUGGAUUGGUCAACAACCUCAACUCCUACGGAGCAACCAUUGCCGCUAUGUGCAGCGGACUCACCACCUACAUGGCUUACGAAGUUCACGCUUUCCAAGGACCCCAGGUGAACUUGGGAUCAUGCAUUACGCUCAAUGUCCUGAGAGUUGUUGAGCUGAAGUACUGCAAUGGCAAUGGCAAUGGCAAUUGGAAUGGUGGUUGGAAUGACAAUUGGACUGGCGGUUGGCAAGGCAAUUGGACUGGCGGUUGGAAUGGCAAUUGGACUGGACCUUUCCCGUCUCAGCAGAUUCCCGGCAUCCCAGGCAACAACACGCAAGUCAUCAUUGGUGGCCAGUCCCAAAUCGUGAUCAUCAACAGGCAAUGGCGUGUGGCAGUCAUUGAGCAAAACAGCAUCAGCGGGUCCUGGAAAACCAUCUGGAACUACAACACGGGCGUCAUUGCAACCAAAGUCACGCAACAGAACGCCUGCUACAUUUCCGUCAUGAACAGAAACGAGAUGCCCCGCUUUGAUAAUCUGGCCCGCCUGGCACAAGAGAGCAGGAACCUGAUCGGUUUUGGAAGAACUACCAAGCACAUCACCUUUGUCACCAAUGGAUUGGUCAACAACCUCAACUCCUACGGAGCAACCAUUGCCGCUAUGUGCAGCGGACUCACCACCUACAUGGCUUACGAAGUUCACGCUUUCCAAGGACCCCAGGUGAACUUGGGAUCAUGCAUUACGCUCAAUGUCCUGAGAGUUGUUGAGCUGAAGUACUGCAAUGGCAAUGGCAAUGGCAAUUGGAAUGGUGGUUGGAAUGACAAUUGGACUGGCGGUUGGCAAGGCAAUUGGACUGGCGGUUGGAAUGGCAAUUGGACUGGACCUUUCCCGUCUCAGCAGAUUCCCGGCAUCCCAGGCAACAACACGCAAGUCAUCAUUGGUGGCCAGUCCCAAAUCGUGAUCAUCAACAGGCAAUGGCGUGUGGCAGUCAUUGAGCAAAACAGCAUCAGCGGGUCCUGGAAAACCAUCUGGAACUACAACACGGGCGUCAUUGCAACCAAAGUCACGCAACAGAACGCCUGCUACAUUUCCGUCAUGAACAGAAACGAGAUGCCCCGCUUUGAUAAUCUGGCCCGCCUGGCACAAGAGAGCAGGAACCUGAUCGGUUUUGGAAGAACUACCAAGCACAUCACCUUUGUCACCAAUGGAUUGGUCAACAACCUCAACUCCUACGGAGCAACCAUUGCCGCUAUGUGCAGCGGACUCACCACCUACAUGGCUUACGAAGUUCACGCUUUCCAAGGACCCCAGGUGAACUUGGGAUCAUGCAUUACGCUCAAUGUCCUGAGAGUUGUUGAGCUGAAGUACUGCAAUGGCAAUGGCAAUGGCAAUUGGAAUGGUGGUUGGAAUGACAAUUGGACUGGCGGUUGGCAAGGCAAUUGGACUGGCGGUUGGAAUGGCAAUUGGACUGGACCUUUCCCGUCUCAGCAGAUUCCCGGCAUCCCAGGCAACAACACGCAAGUCAUCAUUGGUGGCCAGUCCCAAAUCGUGAUCAUCAACAGGCAAUGGCGUGUGGCAGUCAUUGAGCAAAACAGCAUCAGCGGGUCCUGGAAAACCAUCUGGAACUACAACACGGGCGUCAUUGCAACCAAAGUCACGCAACAGAACGCCUGCUACAUUUCCGUCAUGAACAGAAACGAGAUGCCCCGCUUUGAUAAUCUGGCCCGCCUGGCACAAGAGAGCAGGAACCUGAUCGGUUUUGGAAGAACUACCAAGCACAUCACCUUUGUCACCAAUGGAUUGGUCAACAACCUCAACUCCUACGGAGCAACCAUUGCCGCUAUGUGCAGCGGACUCACCACCUACAUGGCUUACGAAGUUCACGCUUUCCAAGGACCCCAGGUGAACUUGGGAUCAUGCAUUACGCUCAAUGUCCUGAGAGUUGUUGAGCUGAAGUACUGCAAUGGCAAUGGCAAUGGCAAUUGGAAUGGUGGUUGGAAUGACAAUUGGACUGGCGGUUGGCAAGGCAAUUGGACUGGCGGUUGGAAUGGCAAUUGGACUGGACCUUUCCCGUCUCAGCAGAUUCCCGGCAUCCCAGGCAACAACACGCAAGUCAUCAUUGGUGGCCAGUCCCAAAUCGUGAUCAUCAACAGGCAAUGGCAUGUGGCAGUCAUUGAGCAAAACAGCAUCAGCGGGUCCUGGAAAACCAUCUGGAACUACAACACGGGCGUCAUUGCAACCAAAGUCACGCAACAGAACGCCUGCUACAUUUCCGUCAUGAACAGAAACGAGAUGCCCCGCUUUGAUAAUCUGGCCCGCCUGGCACAAGAGAGCAGGAACCUGAUCGGUUUUGGAAGAACUAUCAAGCACAUCACCUUUGUCACCAAUGGAUUGGUCAACAACCUCAACUCCUACGGAGCAACCAUUGCCGCUAUGUGCAGCGGACUCACCACCUACAUGGCUUACGAAGUUCACGCUUUCCAAGGACCCCAGGUGAACUUGGGAUCAUGCAUUACGCUCAAUGUCCUGAGAGUUGUUGAGCUGAAGUACUGCAAUGGCAAUGGCAAUGGCAAUUGGAAUGGUGGUUGGAAUGACAAUUGGACUGGCGGUUGGCAAGGCAAUUGGACUGGCGGUUGGAAUGGCAAUUGGACUGGACCUUUCCCGUCUCAGCAGAUUCCUGGCAUCCCAGGCAACAACACGCAAGUCAUCAUUGGUGGCCAGUCCCAAAUCGUGAUCAUCAACAGGCAAUGGCGUGUGGCAGUCAUUGAGCAAAACAGCAUCAGCGGGUCCUGGAAAACCAUCUGGAACUACAACACGGGCGUCAUUGCAACCAAAGUCACGCAACAGAACGCCUGCUACAUUUCCGUCAUGAACAGAAACGAGAUGCCCCGCUUUGAUAAUCUGGCCCGCCUGGCACAAGAGAGCAGGAACCUGAUCGGUUUUGGAAGAACUACCAAGCACAUCACCUUUGUCACCAAUGGAUUGGUCAACAACCUCAACUCCUACGGAGCAACCAUUGCCGCUAUGUGCAGCGGACUCACCACCUACAUGGCUUACGAAGUUCACGCUUUCCAAGGACCCCAGGUGAACUUGGGAUCAUGCAUUACGCUCAAUGUCCUGAGAGUUGUUGAGCUGAAGUACUGCAAUGGCAAUGGCAAUGGCAAUUGGAAUGGUGGUUGGAAUGACAAUUGGACUGGCGGUUGGCAAGGCAAUUGGACUGGCGGUUGGAAUGGCAAUUGGACUGGACCUUUCCCGUCUCAGCAGAUUCCCGGCAUCCCAGGCAACAACACGCAAGUCAUCAUUGGUGGCCAGUCCCAAAUCGUGAUCAUCAACAGGCAAUGGCGUGUGGCAGUCAUUGAGCAAAACAGCAUCAGCGGGUCCUGGAAAACCAUCUGGAACUACAACACGGGCGUCAUUGCAACCAAAGUCACGCAACAGAACGCCUGCUACAUUUCCGUCAUGAACAGAAACGAGAUGCCCCGCUUUGAUAAUCUGGCCCGCCUGGCACAAGAGAGCAGGAACCUGAUCGGUUUUGGAAGAACUACCAAGCACAUCACCUUUGUCACCAAUGGAUUGGUCAACAACCUCAACUCCUACGGAGCAACCAUUGCCGCUAUGUGCAGCGGACUCACCACCUACAUGGCUUACGAAGUUCACGCUUUCCAAGGACCCCAGGUGAACUUGGGAUCAUGCAUUACGCUCAAUGUCCUGAGAGUUGUUGAGCUGAAGUACUGCAAUGGCAAUGGCAAUGGCAAUUGGAAUGGUGGUUGGAAUGACAAUUGGACUGGCGGUUGGCAAGGCAAUUGGACUGGCGGUUGGAAUGGCAAUUGGACUGGACCUUUCCCGUCUCAGCAGAUUCCCGGCAUCCCAGGCAACAACACGCAAGUCAUCAUUGGUGGCCAGUCCCAAAUCGUGAUCAUCAACAGGCAAUGGCGUGUGGCAGUCAUUGAGCAAAACAGCAUCAGCGGGUCCUGGAAAACCAUCUGGAACUACAACACGGGCGUCAUUGCAACCAAAGUCACGCAACAGAACGCCUGCUACAUUUCCGUCAUGAACAGAAACGAGAUGCCCCGCUUUGAUAAUCUGGCCCGCCUGGCACAAGAGAGCAGGAACCUGAUCGGUUUUGGAAGAACUACCAAGCACAUCACCUUUGUCACCAAUGGAUUGGUCAACAACCUCAACUCCUACGGAGCAACCAUUGCCGCUAUGUGCAGCGGACUCACCACCUACAUGGCUUACGAAGUUCACGCUUUCCAAGGACCCCAGGUGAACUUGGGAUCAUGCAUUACGCUCAAUGUCCUGAGAGUUGUUGAGCUGAAGUACUGCAAUGGCAAUGGCAAUGGCAAUUGGAAUGGUGGUUGGAAUGACAAUUGGACUGGCGGUUGGCAAGGCAAUUGGACUGGCGGUUGGAAUGGCAAUUGGACUGGACCUUUCCCGUCUCAGCAGAUUCCCGGCAUCCCAGGCAACAACACGCAAGUCAUCAUUGGUGGCCAGUCCCAAAUCGUGAUCAUCAACAGGCAAUGGCGUGUGGCAGUCAUUGAGCAAAACAGCAUCAGCGGGUCCUGGAAAACCAUCUGGAACUACAACACGGGCGUCAUUGCAACCAAAGUCACGCAACAGAACGCCUGCUACAUUUCCGUCAUGAACAGAAACGAGAUGCCCCGCUUUGAUAAUCUGGCCCGCCUGGCACAAGAGAGCAGGAACCUGAUCGGUUUUGGAAGAACUAUCAAGCACAUCACCUUUGUCACCAAUGGAUUGGUCAACAACCUCAACUCCUACGGAGCAACCAUUGCCGCUAUGUGCAGCGGACUCACCACCUACAUGGCUUACGAAGUUCACGCUUUCCAAGGACCCCAGGUGAACUUGGGAUCAUGCAUUACGCUCAAUGUCCUGAGAGUUGUUGAGCUGAAGUACUGCAAUGGCAAUGGCAAUGGCAAUUGGAAUGGUGGUUGGAAUGACAAUUGGACUGGCGGUUGGCAAGGCAAUUGGACUGGCGGUUGGAAUGGCAAUUGGACUGGACCUUUCCCGUCUCAGCAGAUUCCCGGCAUCCCAGGCAACAACACGCAAGUCAUCAUUGGUGGCCAGUCCCAAAUCGUGAUCAUCAACAGGCAAUGGCGUGUGGCAGUCAUUGAGCAAAACAGCAUCAGCGGGUCCUGGAAAACCAUCUGGAACUACAACACGGGCGUCAUUGCAACCAAAGUCACGCAACAGAACGCCUGCUACAUUUCCGUCAUGAACAGAAACGAGAUGCCCCGCUUUGAUAAUCUGGCCCGCCUGGCACAAGAGAGCAGGAACCUGAUCGGUUUUGGAAGAACUACCAAGCACAUCACCUUUGUCACCAAUGGAUUGGUCAACAACCUCAACUCCUACGGAGCAACCAUUGCCGCUAUGUGCAGCGGACUCACCACCUACAUGGCUUACGAAGUUCACGCUUUCCAAGGACCCCAGGUGAACUUGGGAUCAUGCAUUACGCUCAAUGUCCUGAGAGUUGUUGAGCUGAAGUACUGCAAUGGCAAUGGCAAUGGCAAUUGGAAUGGUGGUUGGAAUGACAAUUGGACUGGCGGUUGGCAAGGCAAUUGGACUGGCGGUUGGAAUGGCAAUUGGACUGGACCUUUCCCGUCUCAGCAGAUUCCCGGCAUCCCAGGCAACAACACGCAAGUCAUCAUUGGUGGCCAGUCCCAAAUCGUGAUCAUCAACAGGCAAUGGCAUGUGGCAGUCAUUGAGCAAAACAGCAUCAGCGGGUCCUGGAAAACCAUCUGGAACUACAACACGGGCGUCAUUGCAACCAAAGUCACGCAACAGAACGCCUGCUACAUUUCCGUCAUGAACAGAAACGAGAUGCCCCGCUUUGAUAAUCUGGCCCGCCUGGCACAAGAGAGCAGGAACCUGAUCGGUUUUGGAAGAACUAUCAAGCACAUCACCUUUGUCACCAAUGGAUUGGUCAACAACCUCAACUCCUACGGAGCAACCAUUGCCGCUAUGUGCAGCGGACUCACCACCUACAUGGCUUACGAAGUUCACGCUUUCCAAGGACCCCAGGUGAACUUGGGAUCAUGCAUUACGCUCAAUGUCCUGAGAGUUGUUGAGCUGAAGUACUGCAAUGGCAAUGGCAAUGGCAAUUGGAAUGGUGGUUGGAAUGACAAUUGGACUGGCGGUUGGCAAGGCAAUUGGACUGGCGGUUGGAAUGGCAAUUGGACUGGACCUUUCCCGUCUCAGCAGAUUCCUGGCAUCCCAGGCAACAACACGCAAGUCAUCAUUGGUGGCCAGUCCCAAAUCGUGAUCAUCAACAGGCAAUGGCGUGUGGCAGUCAUUGAGCAAAACAGCAUCAGCGGGUCCUGGAAAACCAUCUGGAACUACAACACGGGCGUCAUUGCAACCAAAGUCACGCAACAGAACGCCUGCUACAUUUCCGUCAUGAACAGAAACGAGAUGCCCCGCUUUGAUAAUCUGGCCCGCCUGGCACAAGAGAGCAGGAACCUGAUCGGUUUUGGAAGAACUACCAAGCACAUCACCUUUGUCACCAAUGGAUUGGUCAACAACCUCAACUCCUACGGAGCAACCAUUGCCGCUAUGUGCAGCGGACUCACCACCUACAUGGCUUACGAAGUUCACGCUUUCCAAGGACCCCAGGUGAACUUGGGAUCAUGCAUUACGCUCAAUGUCCUGAGAGUUGUUGAGCUGAAGUACUGCAAUGGCAAUGGCAAUGGCAAUUGGAAUGGUGGUUGGAAUGACAAUUGGACUGGCGGUUGGCAAGGCAAUUGGACUGGCGGUUGGAAUGGCAAUUGGACUGGACCUUUCCCGUCUCAGCAGAUUCCCGGCAUCCCAGGCAACAACACGCAAGUCAUCAUUGGUGGCCAGUCCCAAAUCGUGAUCAUCAACAGGCAAUGGCGUGUGGCAGUCAUUGAGCAAAACAGCAUCAGCGGGUCCUGGAAAACCAUCUGGAACUACAACACGGGCGUCAUUGCAACCAAAGUCACGCAACAGAACGCCUGCUACAUUUCCGUCAUGAACAGAAACGAGAUGCCCCGCUUUGAUAAUCUGGCCCGCCUGGCACAAGAGAGCAGGAACCUGAUCGGUUUUGGAAGAACUACCAAGCACAUCACCUUUGUCACCAAUGGAUUGGUCAACAACCUCAACUCCUACGGAGCAACCAUUGCCGCUAUGUGCAGCGGACUCACCACCUACAUGGCUUACGAAGUUCACGCUUUCCAAGGACCCCAGGUGAACUUGGGAUCAUGCAUUACGCUCAAUGUCCUGAGAGUUGUUGAGCUGAAGUACUGCAAUGGCAAUGGCAAUGGCAAUUGGAAUGGUGGUUGGAAUGACAAUUGGACUGGCGGUUGGCAAGGCAAUUGGACUGGCGGUUGGAAUGGCAAUUGGACUGGACCUUUCCCGUCUCAGCAGAUUCCCGGCAUCCCAGGCAACAACACGCAAGUCAUCAUUGGUGGCCAGUCCCAAAUCGUGAUCAUCAACAGGCAAUGGCGUGUGGCAGUCAUUGAGCAAAACAGCAUCAGCGGGUCCUGGAAAACCAUCUGGAACUACAACACGGGCGUCAUUGCAACCAAAGUCACGCAACAGAACGCCUGCUACAUUUCCGUCAUGAACAGAAACGAGAUGCCCCGCUUUGAUAAUCUGGCCCGCCUGGCACAAGAGAGCAGGAACCUGAUCGGUUUUGGAAGAACUACCAAGCACAUCACCUUUGUCACCAAUGGAUUGGUCAACAACCUCAACUCCUACGGAGCAACCAUUGCCGCUAUGUGCAGCGGACUCACCACCUACAUGGCUUACGAAGUUCACGCUUUCCAAGGACCCCAGGUGAACUUGGGAUCAUGCAUUACGCUCAAUGUCCUGAGAGUUGUUGAGCUGAAGUACUGCAAUGGCAAUGGCAAUGGCAAUUGGAAUGGUGGUUGGAAUGACAAUUGGACUGGCGGUUGGCAAGGCAAUUGGACUGGCGGUUGGAAUGGCAAUUGGACUGGACCUUUCCCGUCUCAGCAGAUUCCCGGCAUCCCAGGCAACAACACGCAAGUCAUCAUUGGUGGCCAGUCCCAAAUCGUGAUCAUCAACAGGCAAUGGCGUGUGGCAGUCAUUGAGCAAAACAGCAUCAGCGGGUCCUGGAAAACCAUCUGGAACUACAACACGGGCGUCAUUGCAACCAAAGUCACGCAACAGAACGCCUGCUACAUUUCCGUCAUGAACAGAAACGAGAUGCCCCGCUUUGAUAAUCUGGCCCGCCUGGCACAAGAGAGCAGGAACCUGAUCGGUUUUGGAAGAACUAUCAAGCACAUCACCUUUGUCACCAAUGGAUUGGUCAACAACCUCAACUCCUACGGAGCAACCAUUGCCGCUAUGUGCAGCGGACUCACCACCUACAUGGCUUACGAAGUUCACGCUUUCCAAGGACCCCAGGUGAACUUGGGAUCAUGCAUUACGCUCAAUGUCCUGAGAGUUGUUGAGCUGAAGUACUGCAAUGGCAAUGGCAAUGGCAAUUGGAAUGGUGGUUGGAAUGACAAUUGGACUGGCGGUUGGCAAGGCAAUUGGACUGGCGGUUGGAAUGGCAAUUGGACUGGACCUUUCCCGUCUCAGCAGAUUCCCGGCAUCCCAGGCAACAACACGCAAGUCAUCAUUGGUGGCCAGUCCCAAAUCGUGAUCAUCAACAGGCAAUGGCGUGUGGCAGUCAUUGAGCAAAACAGCAUCAGCGGGUCCUGGAAAACCAUCUGGAACUACAACACGGGCGUCAUUGCAACCAAAGUCACGCAACAGAACGCCUGCUACAUUUCCGUCAUGAACAGAAACGAGAUGCCCCGCUUUGAUAAUCUGGCCCGCCUGGCACAAGAGAGCAGGAACCUGAUCGGUUUUGGAAGAACUACCAAGCACAUCACCUUUGUCACCAAUGGAUUGGUCAACAACCUCAACUCCUACGGAGCAACCAUUGCCGCUAUGUGCAGCGGACUCACCACCUACAUGGCUUACGAAGUUCACGCUUUCCAAGGACCCCAGGUGAACUUGGGAUCAUGCAUUACGCUCAAUGUCCUGAGAGUUGUUGAGCUGAAGUACUGCAAUGGCAAUGGCAAUGGCAAUUGGAAUGGUGGUUGGAAUGACAAUUGGACUGGCGGUUGGCAAGGCAAUUGGACUGGCGGUUGGAAUGGCAAUUGGACUGGACCUUUCCCGUCUCAGCAGAUUCCCGGCAUCCCAGGCAACAACACGCAAGUCAUCAUUGGUGGCCAGUCCCAAAUCGUGAUCAUCAACAGGCAAUGGCGUGUGGCAGUCAUUGAGCAAAACAGCAUCAGCGGGUCCUGGAAAACCAUCUGGAACUACAACACGGGCGUCAUUGCAACCAAAGUCACGCAACAGAACGCCUGCUACAUUUCCGUCAUGAACAGAAACGAGAUGCCCCGCUUUGAUAAUCUGGCCCGCCUGGCACAAGAGAGCAGGAACCUGAUCGGUUUUGGAAGAACUACCAAGCACAUCACCUUUGUCACCAAUGGAUUGGUCAACAACCUCAACUCCUACGGAGCAACCAUUGCCGCUAUGUGCAGCGGACUCACCACCUACAUGGCUUACGAAGUUCACGCUUUCCAAGGACCCCAGGUGAACUUGGGAUCAUGCAUUACGCUCAAUGUCCUGAGAGUUGUUGAGCUGAAGUACUGCAAUGGCAAUGGCAAUGGCAAUUGGAAUGGUGGUUGGAAUGACAAUUGGACUGGCGGUUGGCAAGGCAAUUGGACUGGCGGUUGGCAAGGCAGUUGGUCUGGCGGUUGGAAUGGCAAUUGGACUGGACCUUUCCCGCAGACGAAUAACAACCAGCAAAUCAUUACUGGCGGAGAUUCCCAAAUCUCCAUCUCUGGUGGGAACUCUCACAUCUCCAUCUCUGGUGUCUCACAAAGCAUGAAUAUCAACAGUCAAACACAAGAGGCAAUUUUUGAGCAAAAGAGUAACCAUUUGUCCUGGAAAACCAUCUGGAACUACAACACGGGUGUCAUUGCAACCAAAGUCACGCAACAGAACACCUGCUACAUUUCCAUCAUGAACAGAAGUGAGAUGCCCAGCUUCAAUAAUCUGGCCCGCCUGGCACAAGAGAGCAGGAACCAGAUCGGUUUUGGAAGACCUACCAAGCACAUCACCUUUGUCGCCAAUGGAUUGGUCAACAACCUCAGGUCUUAUGGAGCAGACGUCUUCUCUAUGUGCAGCGGACUCACCACCUACAUGGCUUACGAAGUUCACGCUUUCCAAGGACCCCAGGUGAACUUGGGAUCAUGCAUUACCCUCCAUGUCCUUAGUGUUGUGGAUCUGAAGUACUGCAAUGGCAAUGGGCAGUCUCAGCAGAUUCCCGGCAUCCCAGGCAACAUCCCAGGCAACACCACACAAGUCAUCAUUGGUGGCCAGUCCCAAAUUGUGACCAUCAACAGGCAAUGGCGUGUGGCAGUCAUUGAGCAAAACAGCAUCAGUGGGUCCUGGAAAACCAUCUGGAACUACAACACGGGCGUCAUUGCAACCAAAGUCACGCAACAGAACACCUGCUACAUUUCCAUCAUGAACAGAAGUGAGAUGCCCAGCUUCAAUAAUCUGGCCCGCCUGGCACAAGAGAGCAGGAACCAGAUCGGUUUUGGAAGACCUACCAAGCACAUCACCUUUGUCGCCAAUGGAUUGGUCAACAACCUCAGGUCUUAUGGAGCAGACGUCUUCUCUAUGUGCAGCGGACUCACCACCUACAUGGCUUACGAAGUUCACGCUUUCCAAGGACCCCAGGUGAACUUGGGAUCAUGCAUUACCCUCCAUGUCCUUAGUGUUGUGGAUCUGAAGUACUGCAAUGGCAAUGGGCAGUCUCAGCAGAUUCCCGGCAUCCCAGGCAACAACACGCAAGUCAUCAUUGGUGGCCAGUCCCAAAUUGUGACCAUCAACAGGCAAUGGCAUGUGGCAAUCAUUGAGCAAAACAGCAUCAGUGGGUCCUGGAAAACCAUCUGGAACUACAACACGGGCGUCAUUGCAACCAAAGUCACGCAACAGAACACCUGCUACAUUUCCAUCAUGAACAGAAGUGAGAUGCCCAGCUUCAAUAAUCUGGCCCGCCUGGCACAAGAGAGCAGGAACCAGAUCGGUUUUGGAAGACCUACCAAGCACAUCACCUUUGUCGCCAAUGGAUUGGUCAACAACCUCAGGUCUUAUGGAGCAGACGUCUUCUCUAUGUGCAGCGGACUCACCACCUACAUGGCUUACGAAGUUCACGCUUUCCAAGGACCCCAGGUGAACUUGGGAUCAUGCAUUACCCUCCAUGUCCUUAGUGUUGUGGAUCUGAAGUACUGCAAUGGCAAUGGGCAGUCUCAGCAGAUUCCCGGCAUCCCAGGCAACAUCCCAGGCAACACCACACAAGUCAUCAUUGGUGGCCAGUCCCAAAUUGUGACCAUCAACAGGCAAUGGCAUGUGGCAAUCAUUGAGCAAAACAGCAUCAGUGGGUCCUGGAAAACCAUCUGGAACUACAACACGGGCGUCAUUGCAACCAAAGUCACGCAACAGAACACCUGCUACAUUUCCAUCAUGAACAGAAGUGAGAUGCCCAGCUUCAAUAAUCUGGCCCGCCUGGCACAAGAGAGCAGGAACCAGAUCGGUUUUGGAAGACCUACCAAGCACAUCACCUUUGUCGCCAAUGGAUUGGUCAACAACCUCAGGUCUUAUGGAGCAGACGUCUUCUCUAUGUGCAGCGGACUCACCACCUACAUGGCUUACGAAGUUCACGCUUUCCAAGGACCCCAGGUGAACUUGGGAUCAUGCAUUACCCUCCAUGUCCUUAGUGUUGUGGAUCUGAAGUACUGCAAUGGCAAUGGGCAGUCUCAGCAGAUUCCCGGCAUCCCAGGCAACAACACGCAAGUCAUCAUUGGUGGCCAGUCCCAAAUUGUGACCAUCAACAGGCAAUGGCAUGUGGCAAUCAUUGAGCAAAACAGCAUCAGUGGGUCCUGGAAAACCAUCUGGAACUACAACACGGGCGUCAUUGCAACCAAAGUCACGCAACAGAACACCUGCUACAUUUCCAUCAUGAACAGAAGUGAGAUGCCCAGCUUCAAUAAUCUGGCCCGCCUGGCACAAGAGAGCAGGAACCAGAUCGGUUUUGGAAGACCUACCAAGCACAUCACCUUUGUCGCCAAUGGAUUGGUCAACAACCUCAGGUCUUAUGGAGCAGACGUCUUCUCUAUGUGCAGCGGACUCACCACCUACAUGGCUUACGAAGUUCACGCUUUCCAAGGACCCCAGGUGAACUUGGGAUCAUGCAUUACCCUCCAUGUCCUUAGUGUUGUGGAUCUGAAGUACUGCAAUGGCAAUGGGCAGUCUCAGCAGAUUCCCGGCAUCCCAGGCAACAACACGCAAGUCAUCAUUGGUGGCCAGUCCCAAAUUGUGACCAUCAACAGGCAAUGGCAUGUGGCAAUCAUUGAGCAAAACAGCAUCAGUGGGUCCUGGAAAACCAUCUGGAACUACAACACGGGCGUCAUUGCAACCAAAGUCACGCAACAGAACACCUGCUACAUUUCCAUCAUGAACAGAAGUGAGAUGCCCAGCUUCAAUAAUCUGGCCCGCCUGGCACAAGAGAGCAGGAACCAGAUCGGUUUUGGAAGACCUACCAAGCACAUCACCUUUGUCGCCAAUGGAUUGGUCAACAACCUCAGGUCUUAUGGAGCAGACGUCUUCUCUAUGUGCAGCGGACUCACCACCUACAUGGCUUACGAAGUUCACGCUUUCCAAGGACCCCAGGUGAACUUGGGAUCAUGCAUUACCCUCCAUGUCCUUAGUGUUGUGGAUCUGAAGUACUGCAAUGGCAAUGGGCAGUCUCAGCAGACGGAUAACAACUGCCAUGUCUCUGGCGGUGGUCUUUUCCAAAAUCUGACCCUCAGCAGUCAAACACGUGUGGUGGUUAUCGAGCAAAGGAGCGAACAAUUUUCAUGGAAAACCAUCUGGAACUACAACACGGGCAUCAUUGCAACCAAAGUGGUGCAAGAGAGAACUUGCUACAUUUCUACCAUGAACAAAAAUGAGAUGCCAAGCUUUGAUGCUCUAGUCAGAUUGGCUUCAGAGAAUAGGAACCAGAUCGGUUUUGGAAGACCUACCAAGCACAUCACCUUUGUCGCCAAUGGAUUGGUCAACAACCUCAGGUCUUAUGGAGCAGACGUCUUCUCUAUGUGCAGCGGACUCCCCACCUACAUGGCUUACGAAGUUCACAGACCCCAACUGAAUCAGGGAUCGUGUGUUUCACUUGAUGUCCUCAAACUCGUGGACCUGAAUUAUUGUGGUGGCAGUAUCAAGGCCUGAAAACCUUACCUUUCUUCAAUCAAGUACAGAGGCUCCAGAGCUGCUCCCAAGGCAAACCCUGAUGCCAUUCUUCCCUCACAUCUCCAUUUAGAGAUGUUCUUGGGGAUUUAGACGCUGACACAGAUCAACUGGUAACCAUAUCUUUCAAAUAAAGUCCUUCAUUAUGGAUUAA